UUUUUUUUUUUUCCAAAAUAAAAGCCACCGCUCGAGGCGCAUAUUUAGUUGUUUACUUCCGUGAAAAAAACAAACAAACAGCAAUUUAAUAUGUAUUGAAUAUUUACUUUUACAUGAACGAGAACAGCCCGCCCACAUGGAAUGACGUAACACGCGCGCGCCCUUUCGGCAGCUUGUUUGAAUAGGCUUCACGAGACGCCGUGAGAACUCAUCCGUGAGGGAGUUAGCCACGCUGCUAACUGUUCGCGAGACUUGAACAAAACGACCAGAAGUAAAAGUUGUAUUAUGGUGUGUCUUCUAGCAACAGAUCAUUUACAGAGACUGGAGUAAGUGUAAGAUUGUUUGGGGGCUCCACAUUCAAACAAUCAUGCUUGGUGGGGAGAGGUUCAUUGAGGCACUGUCACGGGUGGGUUAUCCGAACGCCUCCUCACUCAAAAGUUCAGAGUUUGAUUGGUUGUUCGACACUGCGCCGGCCAACCUACAUCUUUUACGCGUCUUCUGCCACCGCCUGAACCGCAACAAUGCCCUGACUCCAGAAGAAGUGCAGGCCUUUCGGGUGCUACGCGAGUCUGGGAAGCCUAUCUUGGAUGAAGCGACACUUGGGGAUCUGUUAAAAACAUGUGGGCCAACUGAUGUGGGUGGGUCACUCUCCUCACUUUGUGGGGAAGAGGAUGUUUCGGUGGAAGAUUUAGAGGCUGAACUUCAGGCCCUACGGAAAGAGAAGCAGCUGAAGUUGCGAAGACUUAAAAAGCUGCAGGUAUUUGCUUCCAGUCGAGGUUCAGACUCGUCUGCAGCGCUUGCUGUACUCCAGGAAGGUAGUGGUGCGAUGAAAGACGCCAGCUCUGCUCUUGCAGUUGAAAAUGCAGCCACAAAUGCUGCCUUGGAAAGUCUUGUAAAAGAGACCCAGAAGCUUGCUGGUUUCUUCCAUCCUGAGAAUUUGUCAGUGGAAAAAAAUAAUGAAACCACAGCAGUGCUGCUGUCCCAGCUUCCUCUGGAACCCUACCUCCAGCAGGAGGAGCAAAACACUAAAGCCUUGGCCUCCUACACCCAGCGUCAGUUCUUCCAGGGAAUCUCUGACAUGGUAGAGACCUCAACCUCCAAACGCUUCCAACUGACAGAGCUGAGCUGCUGCAGUGAGAUUGAGGAAGAGGAUGAUGAGAAACUUGUGGAAAGCAGGAGGAAGGAGAUGGCACGGCUGCAGUGGGCUCACAUUGUAGCGCAACACCAGUUGCUGAAGGAGCAAGCAGAGGAGCAUGGAGACCAAGCACUGAAGAACUGGCUCACUGAGCAACUCGGCAGCCAAAUGCAGACAAAGGGCUCUCUGCAGGCCUCCUGGCGUGAGCCUGCGCUGCACUCUGAGCUACUCUCUGUUCGGUCUGACCUUGAUGCUCUGAUGCGAGAGCCUGUCCGUUCUGCUCUGCGUGACAGCGCUCGCCUGCUGAACGUGCCUGUGGUGCGUGGUGACCUGGCACUUCAGAUCGCCAGGCAGAACUAUUACACAGCCAGACAGACCGAGGUCAGGGAUCAGCUCCUCCGACAGAAGGCAUCGUUUGAGGUGCUGCGGCUAGCGCAGGACACAGAGCUCAGAAGGGGUAGGAGGACUGUGACUCAACUGGAUGAGGUCAUCAGCAGGCUGGAGGGAAGAUCUCAGAGUGCAGCUCAGAGAGGGAACAUACUGACCCAGCCUGACCUGACCCAAACACCCUGCCUAGGAUCUAAUGCAAAACUGCAGGUCAUAACCUCUAAAGAUGUAGCCUUUAGCAGGCUGUUGCAGAUGCUGGAGCUGGGCAAGCUCUCCGAGUGUAAGGAUCCCCUCCUGACAUUCGGGAGAUUGGAAGCCGAAGCAUCCAGCUUGCAGAAAGAUCUGGUGUCUGUUCGUGAUGCUCUGGAAAGGGCAGCUCAGGAGCAGGGCUACAGCAGUGUGCGCCUACAGCAUGAUCGGGAUGCUCUAGAGCGCUUGGCCUAUUCGGAUAUCGUGCAGCCGCUCCUGAGGCCGCAGGUAUGUGCUACAGCCACACCUGCUCAGGAGCUCUGUCCUAAUGCACAGGAGGUGUCUGUUGUUCUGAGUGAGCUGGAAGAGAAGCAAAAGAAUCUGUACAAGCUUUUGCAGGACAUUGUAGGAGACGUGAGGACCAAAAGGGCUUGCCUAGAGCAGAGCGCCACCCUCAGACGAGAGAGAGAACUGUAUGUCUACUUUCACUUGGAUCCCACACUGCUCAACAAGGUUGUGCGUGAGAUGGAGGCCAGGGCUGGUCUUAAGUAGGCUGUGGAGCAGAUUGUACCUCUGACCCUACAGGAAAGGAGCUCUAAAGUUGAAGUCAGGGGAGAUCUGAUGCACUUUUGACUCGGAGCACGAACCGUAUGAAAACUACAUUUGUCUUAUGCCUUUUCUGGAUUCUGGACUGUCUUUGUGAUCUUUGACUGCAGAUCUACCUAAAAUCUCUGUAUAGUCAAAUAUCAUCAUUUCUUUGUACAUCUAAUUUUUAAAAAGUAAAUAAGAAACUUUUAAUAGACAGUUUAAUAAGAAACUUUUGUUAAUAAAAUGUAUUUGUGAUGUAUCUUCCUGCUACCUGUUUAUCUUCAUUAAACUGUAUAAAGAUUGUUCAUCUUAAACAGAAGUUAUGAGCUUAAAUGCCCACUUUGUUAAAGACAAUAAAUAUGGUAUUGUUUAAAAGAAACAAAAUGUGAUUUGUUUGUUAUAAAGUUGUCCAGGAUAAAUUCCUUAUUUGAAAUCGAAUAACAAAAGCAGUAUGUCGGUGACAAUCUGAUCAGUUUCACAUAGGCUGAAAGCCUUCUCUGAGCAGCAUUCUCAUCUGUGUUUGUUUUAGGACGGUUAGUGACGAAGGACAGAGGAGUAAGUGAGAUGGAGUACCAGACCUGUAGUCCUCUGUCUGCAGCUGCCCAGAUGGUCAUGGCUGCUCUGAGAGCUCAGUAUGCAGACAGAAUAGACAGGAGACCAUACAGUGAGUCAGGUUUAGAUGAUUAAUAAGUUUGUUUGGUUAUUCUAUAUAAUCAGUAUUAGAGAUUUAUGUUUCUGGCAUACACCCUUAUCCAGAGCAAUGUACAUUGUAUACAACUGAGGGUUGAGGGCCUUGCUCAGGGGCCCAGCAGUGGCAGCUUGGUGGAACUGGGAUUUAAUCGCAAGACCUUAUGAUUAGUAGGCAAAUGCCUUAACCACUAAGCCACCACAUCCCUGUGUCAUACUGGCUGAUGAUGGCUAUAAUUGUGGGUCACAUAUAACCGAGAAAACAUUUGAUCCUGGUACAAUUGGCAAAAAAUGUAAUCG